CAGAAGGGUCUUGACUGCUUUCGCAGAUUUGCUAGCAAGCUUGGUUACCUACGUUUAGAAGUGUCCCCUUUGUUUUUGGUUAAAAGUAACCGGCUUUGGGGGGCUUUAAUGUUCCGUGAAGCUAAUUUAAAGACCAUUGACAAAGAGGGAACCAGCUGGUAAGUGAUGUCGCGAAAUUCGUGGCUAGCCAGCUGACUAGCAUAGCACGCCUGCUUAACGUUGUAUUUUGAUGAAACGACAGUGCUAACGUUAAUCGGCUACCUAGCUAACUUUCAGAUGUUGACAUUGUCAGCAAAAUGGGCCACUGACGUUAACUAACGCCUGACUGCCCAUUUGCGUGAUGUCUGUACUCUAGAUUUAACUAACUUUUCUUUUACGACUUAGCCAACUAUGCUACCUAACGUUAGCUUUUAAAAUGAGGCCAGAUCUCCAUGGAUUGUGCCUGGGCCGUCUAGCCCAAGUUAUGCAUGUAAAUUCAGCCAACAUUUGGUUGCAGCUAAUAGCUAGCACAUACAUACACUGGUACACCUUCCAUUACAGCUCAUAAGAUGCCAGGGGAGGGGUGUAUUCAUUACGCCUUGUAACGGAAACCGUGUAAGAACCAAACGGAACGAAGGACCUACCCGAAUUUGCCCAAUAGAAACUGGUUUUCGUUGCGAAAGAUUGUGCAACAGAAUAAGCGUAAUGAAUUUACCCCUGGUCUCAUGGGACAGUUUCACACUGACAUGUUUAAUAGGAUACACACUUUAGGCUGUACACUAAAGGAAAGGUGGAUGGUAUAAGGAAGUUGACUGGUUUAGAGUUCAGAAUGCCACCAUGGCGCAUCGAUAACUUAAUGCAGAUGAAAGGAGCAGAUUAAGCAAGAAUCCAAAUAGUGGGGUUUUAUUGAACACAGGCAGGAGCACAUGGGGAAAGGUUGUAGGAUAAUGUAGUUUACUAUGGAAAUACAAGAGGGAGGUAAACAUGUUACCAUACAAGCAUGACUGACAAGUGCAAAAAGUAGAAUAAACCGAAGUGUAUCAAACAAACUGACGAUAUCUUACAUACUGGACUGGCAGGAAAUUGUUCUAGAUAUGGCAGCAGCAUAUACACUUUGACAAACUUCAAGGAUCUUAAUGUUAACAUUUACACAUGUGCUUUGACAAUGGAGAGUACUCACUUUGUCAGCCACGCACAACAUGGAAAGGAAAACAUAGGAUGGCCACCUCAUGCAUUCACCAACAGGAAUAAGCAAGAUUGGAGGGAAAAACUGUUGCUUAAAUAGACAAGAGGCGCUAAUGAGCAGAGUGGAGACAGGUGUUGUGGGGAGGGGCGUGGGCAGAGGUUAUGGGUGAAGACAUUAGUCUUCACAACACACAAAUUCAAAUAAUCUUCACUGUUUGUACACACUCACACCUCCUUUCUCUCCUUCCCUAGGCACUUUAGCCGGACAAUGGACGAUGGACGAGCUGGUCCAUGACCUGGUGUCGGCGCUGGAGGAGAGCUCGGAGCAGGCGGCCCGGGGGGGCUUUGGGGAUGGGGGGGACCAUGCGCUGGCCGUAGGCUGCCUGCUGAAGAGACAGGGCCGGAAACGCCGUGGGAGGAAGAGACGCUCUGACAACCCCCACCCAGCCUGGGAGACUGGCCACCUCAGUGAGGGCUCUGAGUCCAGCCUUGAUGAACACAAGGUGGGGAGGGAGGAGGGGGUCUCAGACAGGCCCGUAAUGAACCUCACGUGUCUUGUUGUUAUUGUAAAGGAAUAGUACCUUGUUAACUGCUAUUUUUUUAGUAAAGUACAGUAAUUAGAUUCCUUAAGAUAACAAAUACUGUCAGUUUAACUGUCUAAGCUAGGUAGCCUAGCGGUUAAGAGCGUUGGGCCAGUAACCGAACAGUUGCUGGUUUGAAUCCCGAGUCGACUGGGUUGAAAAAAUCUGUCAAUGUGCCCUCGAGCAAGGCACUUAACCCUAAUUGCACCUGUAAGUUGCUCUGGAUAAGAGUGUGUUAAAAUGUUUGACUUUCUGAACAUGUCUUUGUCUAACCGGUUUUGUCUUUCCUCUUGCUCUCCUUCUCUUCCUCGCUCCUUUCCUCUCAGGACUACCGCACCACCACAGGCGGUGUUGCCAGCAGCAACAGCCACGCCCGCGACAACAGCGACUCUGAUGAGCAGCUGGGGCCCAAGCGCCGUACCCCCCUGAACCCCGACACAGGGCGUGCCAAGCGCCCCAUCUGGCAGGAGGACCUAGGAGGAGUGCCGGGUGCAGAGGGGUCCCGUAGUUUGAGGCGACGGCGCAAGGUCAAACGCAUGGCCGUGGACCCCCCUCUGGAGCCGGUUACCUCCAGUAGCAACACCUCCAUGCUAGGGCCCCCACCCGUCCCCAAGCCCCACGCAGGGUGCAGGAUCCCUGGGGUGAGCGUGGCUGAGGGCAGGAUGGGGAUGGAGCUCGUUGGUGGUGGUGGGGUUGGAAGAGGAAAAAGCAGGGUAAAGAAGAGGAAACUGGCUGCCCACAGGCUGGGGCUGGAGGCAACUGAUGAAGGGGUGGUGGUGGAGAGUGAGGACGCCAUUAUGGGGCAGGUGGGGCCCAAGGACAAAAUGGAGUUUGAGGAGCAGAAGGGCUCAGACGAGGACAUGAGUGACAGGUGGUUAGUGUUUCUCUUGUCUGCUAUGUUUCCCUGCUCCUUUGUGUAGGCCUAUACGUUCACAGGUACACUCACCUGGUUGGAAAGCAGUGUUUAGGAGGCUUGUUUGCUAGGUUAUUCUCCCCAUAGCUUCAUCUUCCUGAGAGUUUUCCUUGUAUGAUGGACAAUGGAAAUUGAUUUCAGACUUUUCUCUUCUUCUUUUCCCAUCACCUCUCCUCACACCCCAUAUUUUCUCCUUUAUCCCUCUCUUUCUCUCUCUCUUAGUGAGACCAGCAGUGUGAGCAACAGUAGCGAUGGUGGACUGUACACCAAUGACGAGGGGAGGCAAGGUAACCAUUAUUUUGCUGGCCACCAAAUCUUGUCAUUUACAGGAACGGCGGAAUACAUUUUGUUUAUUUGUCACAUGCUUUGUAAACAACAGGUGUAGACUAACAGUGAAAUGCUUACGGGUCAUUUUCCAACAAUGCAGAGUUAAAGAUAAAAAUAUAAAUAGUGACACAAGGAAUAAAUACUCAGUGAAUAACAAUAAUGAGUAAAAAUAACAUGGCUAUAUACAGGGUGUACCGGUACUGAGUAGAUGUGCAGUGGUACGAGGUAAUUGAGGUAGCUAUGUACAUAUAGGUAGGGGUAAAGAGACUAGACAACAGGAUAGAUAAUCGACAGUAGCAACAGUAUAUGUGGUGGGUGUAAAAGUGUGUGUGAGUGUGGUGUCAGUAUGCAUGCGUGUUAUAUGUGUGUGGGCAUAUGUAUUGUUUGUUGGGGUGUCAGUGUAAGUAUGUGUGAGUGUGUGGGUAGAGUCCAGUGUGUGUGCAUAGAGUUAGUGCAAACAAGGGUCAAUGUAGGUAGCUAUUUAUUAGUCUUGUUUAGCAGACUUGGGGGUAGAAGCUGUUCAGGGUCCUGUUGGUUCCAGACUUGGUGCACUGGUACCGCUUGCCGUGUGGUAGCAGAGCGGACAGACUAUGGCUUGGGUGUUCUCUGACACCGCCUGCAUUGAGGAACUGGAUCAAAUAACAUUUUAUUGGUCACAUGCUUUGUAAACAACAGGUGUAGACUAACAGUGAAAUGCUGUCGGCCUUGCAUUAAAGAACAUAGUUGAUAACUAAUAAUGUAGGCACGCUGUGUCCAUAAUAAGUGUAUGGGUUGUAGGUUGGGAGCUUUUGUGAAGGAGCACAGUUAGAAAGAUAUGGCAUAUAGAAGCAAACCGGAUGGACAUCAUGAAAAUGAUCGGAGAGGUUGAGAGUAGAAGAAGUUCAGGAGAAAGAACAAACAAAAUGUAAUUACUGUAAAAUUGACUGUGUCCAUAAAAUGUAGAUAGUGGGUAUGGGCUGGAAGUAGAGGCCUAGGCGUUGUUGUUCACUAGUUUACUCCAAGUGGGGAAAGGGUGGCGGGGUUGGAAAGUAAUAAAGGGAAAUAUAUUUUUUAUAUAUAUAUUUAAAAAAAGGAUAUGUACAGUGGGGGGAAAAAGUAUUUAGUCAGCCACCAAUUGUGCAAGUUCUCCCACUUAAAAAGAUGAGAGAGGCCUGUAAUUUUCAUCAUAGGUACACGUCAACUAUGACAGACAAAUCGAGAAAAAAAUAUCCUGAAAAUCACAUUGUAGGAUUUUUAAUGAAUUUAUUUGCAAAUUAUGGUGGAAAAUAAGUAUUUGGUCACCUACAAACAAGCAAGAUUUCUGGCUCUCACAGACCUGUAACUUCUUCUUUAAGAGGCUCCUCUGUCCUCCACUCGUUACCUGUAUUAAUGGCACCUGUUUGAACUUGUUAUCAGUAUAAAAGACACCUGUCCGUUCUUGUGAUCAUUUUGACCCCACGGGGUGAGAUCUUGCGUGGAGCCCCAGAUCGAAGGAGAUUAUCAGUGGUCUUGUAUGUCUUCCAUUUCCUAAUAAUUGCUCCCACAGUUGAUUUCUUCAAACCAAGCUGCUUACCUAUUGCAGAUUCAGUCUUCCCAGCCUGGUGCAGGUCUACAAUUUUGUUUCUGGUGUCCUUUGACAGCUCUUUGGUCUUGGCCAUAGUGGAGUUUGGAGUGUGACUGUUUGAGGUUGUGGACAGGUGUCUUUUAUACUGAUAACAAGUUCAAACAGGUGCCAUUAAUACAGGUAACGAGUGGAGGACAGAGGAGCCUCUUAAAGAAGAAGUUACAGGUCUGUGAGAGCCAGAAAUCUUGCUUGUAGAGGUCUGUAAUUUUUAUCGUAGGUACACUUCAACUGUGAGAGACGGAAUCUAAAACAAAAAUCCAGAAAAUCAAUUGCAAUUGGGUUCAGGUCUGGAGACUGGCUAGGCCACUCCAGGACCUUGAGAUGCUUCUUACGGAGCCACUCCAUAGUUGCCCUGGCUGUGUGUUUCGGGUCGUUGUCAUGCUGGAAGACCCAGCCACGACCCGUCUUCAAUGCUCUUACUGAGGGAAGGAGGUUGUUGGCCAAGAUCUCGCGAUACAUGGCCCCAUCCAUCCUCCCCUCAAUACGGUGCAGUCGUCCUGUCCCCUUUGCAGAAAAGCAUCCCCAAAGAAUGAUGUUUCCACCUCCAUGCUUCACGGUUGGGAUGGUGUUCUUGGGGUUGUACUCAUCCUUCUUCUUCCUCCAAACACGGCGAGUGGAGUUUAGACCAAAAAGCUCUAUUUUUGUCUCAUCAGACCACAUGACCUUCUCCAAUUCCUCCUCUGGAUCAUCAUUGGCAAACUUCAGACGGGCCUGGACAUGCGCUGGCUUGAGCAGGGGGACCUUGCAUUCGCUGCAGGAUUUUAAUCCAUGACGGCAUAGUGUGUUACUAAUGGUUUUCUUUGAGACUGUGGUCCCAGCUCUCUUCAGGUCAUUGACCAGGUCCUGCCGUGUAGUUCUGGGCUGAUCCCUCACCUUCCUCAUGAUCAUUGAUGCCCCACGAGGUGAGAUCUUGCAUGGAGCCCCAGAUCGAGAGUGAUUGACCGUCAUCUUGAACUUCUUCCAUUUUCUAAUAAUUGCGUUCAGUUAUUGCCUUCUCACCAAGCUGCUUGCCUAUUGUCCUGUAGCCCAUCCCAGCCUUGUGCAGGUCUACAAUUGUAUCACUGAUGUCCUUACACAGCUCUCUGGUCUUGGCCAUUGUGGAGAGGUUGGAGUCUGUUUGAUUGAGUGUGUGGACAGGUGUCUUUUAUUUACAUUUACAUUUACGUCAUUUAGCAGACGCUCUUAUCCAGAGCGACUUACAGUUAGUGCAUAGAUUAUUUAUUUUUUUCAUACCCCCCGUGGGAAUCGAACCCACAACCCUGGCGUUGCAAACGCCAUGCUCUACGAACUGAGCUACAUCCCCUGCCGGCCAUUCCCUCCCCUAGACGACGCUGGGCCAUUUGUGCGCCGCCCCAUGGGUCUCCCGGUCACGGCCGGCUACGACAGAGCCUGGAUUCGAACCAGGAUCUCUAGUGGCACAGCUAGCACUGCGAUGCAGUGCCUUAGACCACUGCGCCACUCGGGAGUAGUAACGAGUUCAAACAGGUGCAGUUAAUACAGGUAAUGAGUGGAGAACAGGAGGGCUUCUUAAAGAAAAACUAACAGGUCUGUGAGAGCCAGAAUUCUUACUGGUUGGUAGAUGAUCAAAUACUUAUGUCAUGCAAUAAAAUGCAAAUUAGUUACUUACAAAUCAUACAGUGUGAUUUUUCUGGAUUUUUGUUUUAGAUUCCGUCUCUCACAGUUGAAGUGUACCUAGGAUAAAAAUGACAGACCUCUACAUGCUUUGUAAGUAGGAAAACCUGCAAAAUCGGCAGUAUAUCAAAUACUUGUUCUCCCCACUGUAUAUAUCUAUAUAUGUAUAUAUAUAUAUAUGUAUAUGUAUAUAUAUAUAUAUAUAUAUAUAUAUGUAUAUAUAUAUAUAUGUAUAUGUAUAUAUAUAUAUAUAUAUAUAUAUAUAUAUAUAUAUAUAUAUAUAUAUAUAUAUAUAUAUAUAUAUAUAUAUAUAUAUAUAUAUAACAUGGGGGAUUGGAAGUGAUGCAGACAAUUACAUUGGUGGAAGUUACAAUCUAUCUGCAAUAUUAAGCUGAUCUACCCCCAAGAAAAAAAAAACAGUGAAAUGCUUACUUACGUGUCCUUUUCCAACUAUGCAGAGUUAAAGAUAAAAACUAGAAAUAGAAAAUGGGGCCGUACUCAUCACCCUCGGUAGCACCUUGCAGUCGGGUGCCUUGCAGUUGCCAUACUAAGACGUGAUGCAGCCAGUCAAGAUGCUUUCAAUGCUGCAGCUGUAUAACUUUUUGAGGAUCUAAGGGCACCCCCUGGUUUACCGCACUUUUGAACUUGAGAUGGGUUAAAUUCAUGCCUAUAACCUCUCACAUGUAGCCUAAUAUAAAAUGUACUUGUGAAGAAGUAUUUAGUGCAGUGCAAUGAUAAACAAAAUAUUAAUUUUGUCUGAGGAACAGGAAUGGAGAAAUAUGAUUUAUUUAUUUCAGCAUCUCUUGAGCGAAUGCGAGUGGGCGGGUAUAGGCCGUGUGUAAAUGUGCAAUCUUUUGCGAUUGACACUUUCAUGAAUGCAGACAGUAUUUAAAACAUCAUUUUCACAGCCUUAAUUUCAACCUGUCCGUUGAACAUUUUGCACGGGAAGAAUCAUUACCUUGUGUUAGAGCUUUUCUCCCUGAUCUCUAAACAUCUUGGUCUGUGAGAGAAUCAGAAAUGGACCGACGUCAACUAGAUUAUUAAUGCAUUCAUUCUAUCAAUUUAUGACAUUUAUUCUUGUGAGUACCGAUUUUAUUAAGUCUUCUAGGCCAACAAGUUAUGACAGAAGAGAAGCUGCAUGUAUCUAAUUAUAUACAAGUUGACUAACAAAUAGCCAUCUAAAUGUCGGAAAUUAUAAGCGGAAACAUAUCAUCUAAAUUAGGCUUUAACAAAAUAUCCAACAUCCGCCAUCCCAUGUCAUUUAUAGCAGUGUUAUCAACAAGGAUCAAAUGUGUCUUGAAAAAGGUUGGUCCAAAAUCUAAAUGAGUAAAUGUUUUGUAUGAAAGCUAUUUUCUUCACCCUGAACUUUUAACCUCUAACCUGUUCCCAUCUCCCAGCUGAUGAUGAGCAGAGUGACUGGUUCUAUGAGGGGGAACCGGGGGGAGCAUGUGGAGUGGCGGGGGUGAUUCCCUGGUGGGAGAGGGAGGCAGGGGAAGAACUGGACCUGGCUGACCCGGUCUUCAACAGCAUCCUCACCGGAUCCUUCCCCAUCAUGAGCCCCGGUGCACAGAGAGGUAGCUGGACCCAGACCUGUCUGUUUGUUUGUAUCUCUGAGUCCAGUACCAUUUUGAUUACUAGUCCCCACUUGUCUGUGUUUUUCUUUGCAUGAUAGUAGAACGAGUUAUCCAAAGUCUAUUUGUGAUCUGUCAUAUGGCCAGUAGGGGGCAGCUACUGCAAAGGGUUUGUCUUGUAGCCUCUACAGCUGCAAUAGUGUUUCUCCUAUUCCAGUCUAUGAUGUGUGCACUCUGCUGCCUCUCCUGUGGCAGGGUUCCAGGCCAGGCUGAGCUGGCUGCAUGGUGGGCCCCAGGGCCAGGCUUCUCAGUGCAGCCCAGGACAGGCCUUCAACGAGCGGCUGGGACGACACCACCAGGACCCCCCCCACUCACACGGCCACUCACACGAGUCAGUCUACCUUACAACCCUCACACUCACCUGACUUGUAGAAUACUUGUCUAUACUUUGUAAAUUUUUUUCCUUAUUCUGUAUUUUUCUCUAUUUGACUUGACUGUGUGGAAAUAAACUAAACAAACCUAUUUGUUCUCCACAGCCCAUGGUUUAGUCCGGGGUCUAGACGAGAACACGGACAAGUAAGACAUGUCUCUGUUACUUCACCACCUAGCUGCACUUUCAAAACAGUACCGACUGUUAUACAUUUUGUGGCUGAUAAUGCCCAGAUACAGGUAUUUUACAUUUGCUAAUAGCUUUUAGUUUAUUCUCUGUCUCUUUCUCUCUCUCUCUAGAUGCACUGGGACCCACGGACAGACAGAGGGCAUCGGAGGAGCUGCUCAGUGAAAACAGCCAGCAGGUAUAUUAGGAAUGAUCCAAUCAACACAUUAUCUCACAAGAAAUUAUACAGUUGUUCCAUCCACAACAGCACAUUGUUUCUAGGAUGUUGCCAACACAUGGGUGCUAAUGAAUUAUUCUUAUUUCCUGGUUGUGGUUCUACAGACAGACGAGUGGUCACCUGGGGUCUCUGUGUACGGGGGAGGUCAAGAGGAGACGUAAAGCAGCACCCCUUGGCUUACCUCCACCCACAGGUAAAGUCUUUCUGACACACACUACUGCACUCACUUACUCCCCGACCCCCAAGCCCAACCCCCCACCCGUCCAUCCCCGGUCGUUAACCAGCUUUAGCUCUUUUCCCCCUCACCCUUCCUCCCUAACCUGGGUUGGACAGCAGUCAGCUGGCAGGCUCUGCAGUCACAGAGAGAAACCAGAUUAACCCUAAACCAAUCACGGCUGUGUAUCGCAGAACCCUCCUGCUCCCCUUCCACCCUUCACCUCUCUCUACCUCUGUUAGUGUGUUUUAGGGGAGUGGAAGAUGUUAAUACCAGGAAGGGGAACGAGACUGGGGAUAUAAAGAGUUAGUACGUCUUGGUCUGGUGCCCAUCUUGGUUCCAGGAAGAGGAUAUAAAGGAGUGUAUACCAAUGGCUACAACAAGUGCAACAGGAGUCUGCUCUACUGCCCACACCUCUCAUUGUUACAGUGCCUUCAGAAAGUGUUCGUACCGCUUGACUUAUUCCACAUUUUGUUGUGUUACAGACGGAAUUCAAAAUGGAUUACAUAGAUUUUUUUCCUCACCAAUCUACACACAAUACCCCAUAAUGACAAAGUGAAAACAUGUUUUUAGAAAUUGUUGCUAAUUUAUUGAAAAUGAAAUACAGAAAUCUCAUUUAUAUAAGUAUUCACACCCAUGAGUCGAUACUUUGUAGAAGCACCUUUGGCGGUGAUUACAGCUUUGAGUCAUCUUGGGUAUGUCUGUAUCAGCUUUUCACAUCUGGAUUUGGAUUUUCUCCCAUUCUUCCUUACAGAUUUUCUCAAGCUCUGUUAAGUUAGAUGGGGAGCGGCGGUGAACAGUAAUCUUUUAGUCUUUCCACAUAGUUUCAAUGGGAUUCAACUCUGGGCUUUGGCUGGGCCACUCAAGGACUUUCACAUUCUUGUUCUGAAGCCAUUCCAGCGUUGCUUUGACUGUAUGCUUGGGGUCAUGGUCAUGUUGGAACGUAAAUCUUCGCCCUAGUCUAAGGUCGUUUGCACUCUGUAUUUGGCUCCAUUCAUUGUUCCCUCUAUCCUUACCAGUCUCCCAGUCCCUGGAGCUGAAAAGUAUCCCCAUAGCAUGAUGCUGCCACCACCAUGCUUCACGGUAAGGAUGGCGUUAGACAGGUGAUGAGCUGCCCUGGAUUUCUCCAGACAUAGCGCUUUGCAUUCAGGACAAAUAAUCAAAUUUGUCUCCUCAGACUACAGAAUAUUUUGCCUUAUGAUCUCAGUCUUUCAUGUGCCUUUUUGCAAACUCCAGGCGUGCUGUCAUGUGCCUUUUUCGCAGGCGUGGCUUCUGUCUGGCCACUCUCCCAUAAAGCCCAGAUUGGUGAAGUGCUAUAGAGACUGUUGUCCUUCUGGUAGGUUCUCCCAUCUCAGCUAAGGAACUCUGUAGUUCUGGUGGUCGUUGGGUUCUUGGUCACCUUCCUGACCAAGGUCCUUGUUGCCUGAUUGCUCAGUUUGGUCGGACGGCCAGCUCUGGGUAGUUCCAUAUUUUUUCAAUGAUGGAGACUUUCAACACUCUAGAAAUGAUUGUAUACCCUUCCCCAGAUAUAUGCCUCAUCACAAUUCUAUCUUGGAGAUCUACGGACAGUUCCUUGGACAUCAUGUUAUAGUUUCUGCUCUGACAUGCACUACUUCUUCUAUGGUAUAUUGGUGAUCACACAAUUUAAUGUGCAUCCUGCCACCUACUAUGCGGGAUGGAAACAGGAUUCCCCCCCAAAAAACGGAACUACCAAAAAAUAAUAAACAAUUAAUCAAAAUAAGACCUCUCCUGGUCACUCUGACAGACUCCACUUUUCCAAGCACAUACUUCACCAUUUAACACCUCAAACAGGUUUCCCACAUACUCAUCCUUACUCAACAAACGCAUCCCAACAAGAAGCGAUUCAUUAUCAUUUACACACAUAUCCUCUACUCCAAUUUUAGACAAUUUCCUUUUUGUUCCAGUUUUCGAUACUACUGUUGUCCAUUCAGAACAUUCGUCUUCACCAAAUGUAGCUGGCUCAUUGGGUUAGAGGUAGAGUUCAGGGGUUAAAUAAUGUAGCUUUGUCAGCCCAUUGAGCCUAAUCAAUAAGCCUUCAUCAAGAUAAUCUGCUCUACUCUUAACUCGCUCUUCUGGUCUCCUUCCUUCUCUCUCUUUCCCUUUCCUUCUCCUCUUAUGUCUCCCUCUCCCCCUCUAACAUACUUUAGCAUCCCGCCAAUAUUUUUCCGCCAAAGCCUAAUUGUUUAUUUCCACAAACCGAUCUAGUCAUGAUUGCGGUAAAGUUCUGCCUAUGGCUUAGUAUGAAAUGUAGCUGUAAUGCUGAGGUGGCAUUGACACGCACUACGCUCUUAAGCUCUUGAUGGUUGCUAGGCAGCACAAGUUACUACUAGGCUGUUGCCAUCCUCCUGGCAGUUCUAAACUUUGCGAGGCAUGUCACUUCACCCAUCUCUUCGCAUAGCCCUUCACACUGUUUUCUUAACCACAACUAGAUGGAUCCAUAAAGAAUUACUGUGGGAAUUAAUAUCACUAACUGAUUAAAAUAUUGGAAUAAAGUAGGCUAAUGCAAUUAAAGGCAGAAAAUUGUUGCUUACUGAAACUCCCAAAGACAUCCUAUUGUUAUAAUAGCCUACAUUUGAAGCAAUAGCCUACCCUCGUUUUGUCAACUAUUUCAGCACCGUUUCACGCUGCUUUGAGACAAGCGUCUCUUGAUAAAUCAAUCAAUGUCCAAUUUUUAUUUUCACUGAAUCUCCGUUUGGAUAUUGGUUAGGCUACAAUUAGGCUGUGGAAGUGUUAGCUAUGUUGAGCUGAGUGCUGCUCAUGGUCAUCUUGUCUAGUUGGCUCAUUUAUUAGCACUGAUCAGAACAUUUUGCCAGCAUGUUAUGUAGUUUAACAAGUGGAUUAUUUUGCUCUUCGCUACUCCCGACCAAAAGCCGGUGACUUGUUUUAAUCGAUCAAUGUGAUUUUGUUUCAGUGAAUCUCCGUCUGUAUAUUUGGUUUAUUCUCUGACUGGGCAAAUAAGUGGAGGUGGCAGCUCAUCUAUCACUGAUCAGAAAACAUUUAGCAUGCAAUAAUGUAGCCUAAAUCAAGUGUAGUUCCUAUUAUUUUGCUUAAUUGCAUAUAGACAACUCCAAAAGCCUAUGGAGGUUGUGAAAUAUGUACACCAGACUCGCAUGCUUUUAAAAAUAUAGAUUGCUAUUAUUUUCUAUCGGUAUCAUGUUGAAUAUACUAUCAAUGUAAGACCCUUUUUUUUUUUUUUUUUUACCUUUAUUUAACUAGGCAAGUCAGUUAAGAACAAAUUCUUAUUUACAAUGACGGCCUACACCGGCCAAACCCGGACGACGCUGGGCCAAUUGUGCGCCGCCCUAUGGGACUUCCAAUCACGGCCGGUUGUUAUACAGCCUGGAAUCGAACCAGGGUCUGUAGUGACGCUUCAAGUACUGAGAUGCAGUGCCUUAGACCGCUGCACCACUCGGGAGCCCACCUACGCCUGUUCCCUAACAAAGCGGAGUGAGGUUAGGAAAGAGAUGAAACGUGGAUUUUAAAAAAGCAUGGGCUUGGGCUCGGUUUCAAAAUAUUAUGUUUUUUAUGACCGCGCUUUCCCGCGUUCCCAUGGCGCAAGUUGUGUGGGCCAAAUAUUAUUUGUAUUUUAUUGUUAUAUUCUUAGCCUACUAUCAAAUAUAGCCUGUGUGUGUUGACUGGGAUCAGGGUAAGUGUGUCUUGUCUUUUUAAAGAACAUAAUUACUAUUGAUUUAAUGUGCAUGGCUGUCCUAUAGGCUUUAGAAAAUACAUUUUAUUAGACAUUAUGUUUCUUAGGACUUGCCUAAAUAAAUAAAUAAAUAAUGGAUUUCUUUGAUGGUGUACAGUGCAUUCGGAAAGUAUUCAGACCCCUUCCCUUUUUCCACAUUUUAUUACGUUACAGCCUUAUUCUAAAAUGGAUAAAAUAAAAUCCUCAUCAAUCUACACACAAUACCCCAUAAUGACAAAGCGAAAACAGGUUUUUAGAAAUGUUUGCACGUUUAUUUACAUAAGUAUUCAGACCCUUUGCUAUGAGACUUGAAAUUGAGCUCAGGUGCAUCCUGUUUCCAUUGAUCAUCCUUGAAAUGUUUCAACAACUUGAUUGGAGUCCACCUGUGGUAAAUUCAAUCGAUUGGACAUGAUUUGGAAAGGCACACACCUGUCUAUAUAAGGUUCCACUAUUGACAGUGCAUGUCAGAGCAAAAACUCAAGCCAUGAGGUCGAAGGAAUUGUCCGUAGACCUCUGACACAGGAUUGUGUCGAGUCACAGAUCUGGGGAAGGGUACCAAAACAUUUCUGCAGCAUUGAAGGUCCCCAAGAACACAGUGGCCUCCAUCAUUCUUAAAUGGAAGAAGUUUGGAACCACCAAUACUCUUUCUAGAGCUGGCCACCCUGCCAAACUGAACAAUUGCGGGAGAAGGGCCUUGGUCAGGGAGCUGACCAAGAAACCGAUGGUCACUCUUGCAGAGCUCCAGAGUUCCUCUGUGGAGAUGGGAGACCCUUCCAGAAGGACAACCAUCUCUGCAGCACUCCACCAAUCAGGCCUUUGGCCAGACGGAAACCACUCCUCAGUAAAAGGCACAUGACAGCCCACUUAGAGUUUGCCAAAAGGCACCUAAAGGACUCUCAGACCAUGAGAAACAAGAUUCUCUGGUCUGAUGAAACCAAGAUUGAACUCUUUGGCCUGAAUGCCAAGCGUCACGUCUGGAGGAAACCUGGCACCAUUCCCUACGGUGAAGCAUGGUGGGGGCAGCAUCAUGCUCUGGGGAUGUUUUUCAGAGGCAGGGACUGGGAGACUAGUCAGAUCGAGGGAAAGAUGAGCGGAGCAAAGUACAGAGAGAUCCUUGAUGAAAACCUGCUGCAGAGCACUCAGGACCUCAGACUGGGGUGAAGGUUCACCUUCCAAGAGGACAACGACCCUAAGCACACAGCCAAGACAACACAGGAGUGGCUUCGGGACAAGUCUCUGACUGUCCUUGAGUGGCCCAGCCAGAGCCUGGACUUGAAUCCGAUCUAACAUCUCUGGAGAGACCUGAAAAUAGCUGUGCAGCGACUCUCCCCAUCCAACAUGACAGAGCUUGAGAGGAUCUGCAGAGAAGAAUGGUAGAAACUCCCCAAAUACAGGUGUACCAAGCUUGUAGCGUCAUACCCAAGAAGACUUGAGGCUGUAAUCGCUGCCAAAGGUGGUUUUACAAAGUAUUGAGAUAUUUCUGUAUUUCAAUUUCAAUAAAUGUGCAAUAAUGUAUUAAAGCAUGUUUUCACUUUGCCAUUAUGGUGUUUUGUGUGUAGAUGGGUGAGAGAAAAUGAAUUUAACCCAUUUUGAAUUCAGACUGUAACUCAACAAAAUGUGGAAUAAGUCACGGGGUAUGAACACUUUCUGAAGGCACUGUACUAUAAAGUCUUUCUGUAAAGUGUAAUACUCUCCACUUACGUCUCCGUCACCCUCUAACAUACUCUCUCCUUUUAUGUCUCCAUCUCAUCUUCUCUGUUGUAACUCGGUGUUCCUGUUCUUUUAUCGCUCCUCUAGGGGUGGUAGGUGAGAGAGUGGGGCCCAUCCCAGAGACCAACAUGGGGAACCGGAUGAUGCAGAGUAUGGGCUGGAGCCCUGGCAUGGGCCUGGGUCCGGAGGGGAGGGGCAUCACUGAGCCUGUUCGGGCCACACAGAGACCCAAAGGAGCGGGCCUGGGUUUCAACUGAGCCCCACGCUUUAGGCCCCAAACUGAACAGGCCAGGCCAGUAGACCUCGGUGGAGAUGGACCCAACUGAGAGCAGGGAGGACGGUGGUCAACACUCCCUGGGAAAGAAAGACUGAUAGAGCAUCAGAGCUGGAAGGAACAAAUACAAGUCAGCAAGAAAAAUAAAUAACUGAAAGGAGGACAAACAUCCUAUGAUAGGGAAAGUCACAACCCUGGUUAGAGUGGAGUGUUAGGGUUCCCACCUCAGAUUUGUACUUGAGAUGUCCCACAUACCAGGGAAAAGAGAAGGAAUGAAGAGAAGACAACCAGACAUUGUAGUUGGGUUUGAUUGUGUGCUACUAGCCAGGCUGUAUAGUUGGCAUCACUGUGCGUACUACACACUAAAAGGCUCAGUUUCACAAGAAUAAAAUUUAUCUUCAAUCAAUGGUACAUUUUCUAUAAGUAUGGCAGAGCCAAAUGGUUGUCUGAAAUUGCACAGGAUGACAAAAAAUAUGGAAGUUAUAUUUGCGUUGAAAUAUUUUUGCAACGCCACAUUACAUUGGCAUUAUUCCAAGGUAAUUGUAAUGGUAUAACCUAUGUAGCUAGUACUUACUGUGGUUAGUACAAAAAGGUAAUGGCUGAAGUGGUAGCUAAGUACUGCAUAAGGUAAAGUUAAUUAAAUGUGUCCUACUUGUAGUUACUCUGGUAUAGCACUAAUGUAAUGUAACUGGAAAAUGUAAAAAGAAAAACACAUGUAUUUAAACUAUCAUAUGGUUCCUUUGGAAUAUUGGUCAGUUAUGUUAGAAUGUGUAGAUGGUAUGCCUGAGGGGAGAGUGUGGUGAAUGAUUCAGGAAAUUAAUCAUGGUAUGGUUGUGAAGUAAAAUGUUCAAACCAGAAUAGUGUCUAUUUUAUUAAAAAAGAAGCCAAACAAAAGUCAAACCAAUCACACUGUACUUGCUUGGUAUGCAUGUAUAGCAAUCAUCACAUGGAAAUGUCUCCUCUCCAAUAAUGAUUCCCAGUGGCCGUGGCCGAAAACUGGCUUGCCUACUACUUACUUAAAUUGCAUAAUGUGUACUAAUCGUACUAAAUCUGGUAUUCCAUGUCGGGGUCGUGACCCAUAGUGGGGUCACGAGGGAAUUGCAGUGGAGUCGCCAGAUUUAUUUUCGGGGGCGGGGGGGACAAAACAUAUUAUUGUAUGGGACAGUAUACAAACGUUUUUGAGGAGGAUAAUUUCAAAUAUACAACUUUAUUGAGUAAAUGUAUUUAUUG